AUGGCUGAGGUGACCAAAUUAAGACCAACCUAUGAGGUGUCCCCAGUUUUGGCGGGUUUUCUGGGGGCGGGAGUCUUGGUGGUCUCAGUAACGGUUGCCGUGUUCUUGUGGACCUGUUGCCAGCGGCGAUACCGUCGGAUGACCGGCGCCUUCAAGCUGAGCGCGGGGCCGUGCGACUCGCCCGUCGACCCCCCUUACAAAUUCAUUCACAUGCUGAAGGGCAUCAGCAUCUACCCCGAGACCCUCAGCAACAGCAAGAAGAUCGUGCGGGUGGGCCGUCGGCCUGGUGCCGCCGCGUCCUCGUCCCGAGACACGGGGCGUGGCCAGGGCGGGAACGGAAGCCGAGCGCUUUUUGUGGACGCCGACCCCGAGGGGGGGCUGGCCGGUGGCGCCCCCCACCUUCAGAUGAGCCAUCUGGUGCCCCUCUCCGGACAGCCCAGGCUGGAACGGGCGCUGCCAAUCCGUGCCGACUACUGUUGCCUGGAGAGCAGCUCGGGCAGCAGCAGCGAGGCGCCCAGCAAGACGGCCACGCCCUUCGGCCUGACCUCUCCGUCCCUGGGUGCCCUCAGCCUGGCCGUCGACUACAACUUUCCCAAAAAGGCUCUGGUAGUGACCAUCGUGGGGGCCCGGGGGCUCCCCGCUGUGGACGAGCAGGCGGGAAGCUCGGAUCCCUACGUGAAGAUGACGAUUCUGCCGGAGAAGAAGCACAGGGUGAAAACGCGGGUGCUCAGGAAGACCCUGGAGCCGGCUUUCGACGAGACCUUCACCUUCUACGGCGUUCCGUACAGCUCGCUGCCCGAGCUCACGCUGCAUUUCCUGGUGCUGAGCUUCGAUCGCUUCGCCCGCGAUGACGUCAUCGGGGAGGCGACUGUGCCCCUGGCGGGGGUGGACCCCAGCACCGGGCGUGUCCACAUCACUCAGCAGAUCAGUAAAAGGAACAUGCAGUGUGAGAGUCGUGGGGAGCUGUUGGUGUCACUGUCUUACCAACCAGUCACUCACAGACUCAACGUGGUGGUGCUCAAGGCAAAACACCUGCCCAAGAUGGACAUCACGGGCCUGUCAGGCAAUCCCUACGUCAAGGUGAACGUUUUCUACGGCCGGAAGCGCAUCGCCAAGAAGAAGACACACGUGAAGAAGUGCACGCUCAACCCGGUCUUCAACGAGUCGUUCAUCUACGACGUCCCGGCCGAGCUCAUGCCCGACAUCUCCGUCGAGUUCCUCGUCAUCGACUUCGACCGAACCACCAAGAACGAGGUGGUGGGCCGGCUGGUGCUGGGCGGGCAGAGCCCGGUCCCGUCUGGCGUCACCCACUGGAGAGAGGUCUGCGACAACCCGAGACGGCAGAUCGCCAAGUGGCACAACCUAGUGGAGUACUAG